CUAGAUUCAUAUAAGACGAUAUUUAUCAGUAAUGAACAAUGUUCAACGCCUCUUGUUCUCCCGCUUAUCGAUCAGAGAUAUUUGUUGAUCGAAAUACAAGGUGGGAGCAGAUUUGGAGGACGAAAAAUCAUAUUCUCCUUUUUCAUGGCCUCGCGAUCCUGUUGAAAAUUCAGUUGCUCGAUGAAAUCCCACUUUUGAGCUAAGUUGAGUUAUUUGGUUUUCUAAUUUGGAUUACAAAAUGGUUUUUUGGGAAGGAUAUGUGAGCGACGAAACUAUGGGUACUUUUUUCCCAAUUGUUAUCUACUGGUUGUAUGCCGGGUUUUAUCAGUUGCUGCCCCCUUUGGAUAAGUACCGAUUGCAUACAAGUAAAGAGGAGGAAGAGAAGAAUUUAGUGCCGCUUGCCAUGGUGGUUAAGGGUGUUUUGCUUCAACAGCUUGUCCAGGCCAUAGUUGCUCUAGUGCUUUUCUGGUUGACCUCAACAGCAGAUGCUUCAGGGGUGACAGUUCAGCCAUCCAUUCCGUUUCAAAUUGUGCAGAUCAUUAUUGCAAUGCUUGUCAUGGACACAUGGCAGUACUUUGUGCACCGCUAUAUGCAUCUGAACAAAUUCCUAUAUCGCCAUAUCCACUCCCAGCAUCAUCGGCUGGUGGUCCCUUAUGCAAUUGGUGCCCUUUACAAUCACCCGCUUGAGGGUCUCUUGCUCGACACUCUUGGAGGGGCUAUCUCUUUUCUCGUCUCAGGUAUGACGGCAAGAACAGCAGUUAUUUUCUUCUGCUUUGCUGUGGUUAAAACUGUUGAUGAUCACUGUGGACUUUGGUUGCCUGGCAAUAUCUUCCACAUAUUCUUCAAGAACAACACUGCUUAUCAUGACAUCCAUCAUCAACUACAAGGGACAAAGUAUAACUAUUCUCAGCCUUUCUUCUCCAUAUGGGACAGACUUCUUGGAACACACAUGCCCUACAAUCUUGUAAAACGACCUGAAGGGGGUUACGAGGCAAGGAUAAAGAAAGAUUAGCGCUUCACAUUGUAAUGUCUGUAUUAUCCGGAGCUCACACCUUAACACUUGAAUGCUUUUUCGGACAAGGUCGACCCAUACUGGUGAAGUUGAAUUAAAUUUAUUCUGCUUUUCAGGCUUUCAAUCCUAGGCUUUUAGCAGGAAUUCAUUUGGCUGUUCAUCCCUUUUGUAGUUGCUUGACGAAGUAUUCCGCACAGUUGUUUAGAGUAAUUCACCCGCUAUAUCGGUUGUAAUUGUGCUGUUCUCGACUGUUAAUAAUGUGGCAUAUUUAUCUCACGAAUUGCAUAUGUAGAUGUUUGUGUCUGAAGAGAUUGUAAUGGGGUUGAAGUUAUUAUAAGAGAUUAGAAUUUCACUUCUGUGAUUUGACUAUAUAUGGAAUUGCUGUUGGGUGGUUCUCUUU